AUGGCCACCCUGGCCUCGUCCCGCCCAACCUCCCCGACCUGGCCGAAGCGGCGCCCGCGUGCGUGGGCGCUCCGCUGCGAGCGGCUCUGUUGCGCCGCGGCCAGCUGUUUUCCUCUUGUUUUUGUGUAUGGAUUGACGACAUGGGCUGUUUAUGUGGCAGUCAGCAUCGGCUUUCAAGAGCACCGGAGUGCCUGGAUCGGUUUACCCAGUACCCUGCUCGCUCUUUUACUGUACGGCUGUCUCAACGCCAGCUACACCGUCGCCGUCUUCACCGACCCCGGUUCGCCGUUGACGACCCGCCGCGGCAAUGACCGCCACAACUACAGUGCCCUCCCGGUCACUGAAUACCCGGAGUUCACCUCCUAUACUGUCAACUCAUCGGGUGGAUCGCGGUAUUGCAAGAAGUGCCAGUGUCCGAAGCCUGAUCGCGCGCAUCACUGUUCUACAUGCAAGCGCUGUGUCUUGAAGAUGGACCACCACUGCCCUUGGCUGGCGACGUGUGUUGGCCUGUAUAACUAUAAGGCGUUUCUCCUCUUCCUCAUCUAUACCUCACUAUUCUGCUGGGUUUGCUUUGCUGUUGCGGCCGUGUGGACGUGGACGGAGAUUCUGAAUGAUACCCGCUACAUGGAUACCUACCUGCCAGUCAACGUGGUUUUGUUGGCUAUUCUUGGCGGUAUUAUUGGUCUAGUGCUCUCCGGGUUCACUGCGUGGCAUAUCAGCUUGGCCGUACGUGGCGUGACGACCAUUGAGUGCCUGGAAAAGACCCGAUAUGUUUCGCCGCUGCGCAAAGCGCUGGAGAGACCGCGCCUCGACCAGAAUGGGCAUAGUAAUGGCCUUGUCGACUCAAAUAACGAGAGCCUCGCCCAUCGACUGCAAGAUUACGGUAACCAGAUACUCGACGCCCACGCCAAUGCCAUCCCAGGCAAUCUCACACCUGCACAACAAGCGCUUUCCCGUUCCUACGCUGAAAUUGAGCGCCAGCGUGAGCGGGAUCGAUACCAGGAGUACCUAAACGACCAAGAUAGCGAAAAGAUGCCGAGUGCAUUUGAUCUGGGGUGGAGGCGCAAUCUUCUCCACCUCUUCGGCGAGCGACCUCUUCUCUGGCCUGUUCCUGUUUGUACAACGACCGGUGAUGGUUGGCGCUGGGAAGCCAGCACCCGCUUCCUGGAAGCCCGCGAGGGACUUCGUUUGCGACGUGAACAGGAUCACUCCAACGAGCAGCAGUAUUACCGUGAUCUAUACACGCGCAAUAUGAAUAAUAGCCAAAGCUGGAUCGGCGAUGCGGGAAAUUCCCAGGAAUUCCCAUCCCAACCGCAGCCGCAGGCUUGGAAUCACCACCGUGCCCGUGAGGGUCCACCCGAUCGGCCGCCCACGAGUGUGUCCUUGCAGACUCUUGCGCCGAACUCCCCGCGUCCUCGACCCGGCGACAGUGACUUCGAAGAUGGCAUUGACGAGCAUAGACUCCUUGAUCCAGAAGAUGGACGACAAAGAGGCGAACACAAUGCCCAGCGAGAGACAGACGAAUGGCGCGAUUGGGAUUAA